AUGAUCUUGCUCUUCUUGUCAUUGGUCUCUUGUGCAAUUUGCUACGAGAACUCCAAAAAUAUGAUUGAAAAUGUUCUGGAAAUAGUCCAUAAAGAAUGCUCAUUCGAUAUUGAUAGUCCGUGUCUACAACCGAUCCGCGAAACAUCGAAUCUUUUUGAGGUAUUACCGCCAAAGAAUCUCGCAUUAUGCCGGGUGAAGAACGAGAUGUUCGAAACGUCAAUGGCAACGAUGUGUUAUCUGAAUCGAACGGAACAGUUUUUCGCUCAACGGAGACACAUUCAUACGGAGGAUGGGAAUAACUGGCUUUGUGGAGUAGAGAAUCAACGAGAUGCUCUCGGUCAAAUGAUCCCUCCAAAUAUCACAUAUUUUGCUGUAAUCACUCAUCCGAUCGAUCGAUUCAUGAACGCAUUUGUGAAAAAGUGCAAAGGUGCUUUCAAAUCACCAUCAUGUUAUGGCUGUAAUAGUGAUGUUGGUUGUAUGAUCAAUACAAUCUAUGAAAAGUCAAAAGAAUUCUCGAAAAAACCUUAUUGGAGAAAAUUUGGUCAUUUCUAUUUGGAGCACUUCUUGCCGCAAACUUGGUUUUGCCCAUUCACAACCGACAGGUUCUCCAUUGUCAGCUACGCAAGCCAAACAAAGCGAAAAUCUGCGAACGAUAAAUUUCUCGGGGUUCUGCAUAAAGCAAAUGUCACUUAUGAAAAGCUGACUUACAUCGAGACUGAACUCGAGCAGUUACCGAAAACUUCAAUCAAUCUGGAGUUGAACAAGAAAUUCACCAAAGAACUCCUAGAAAGCGAAGAUUUCCUUCGGAAAUUCUUGCAUAUUUAUUAUUUUGACUUUAUUUAUUUUGGAAUUCAAAUGGUU